AUGUUGCAAAGAUCGGUAACAAGGAUACCGGAGCCUGACGAUGUAUCGAAGGUCGCAUGCGGUUUCAAGUCGCACUGGCAAGACUAUACGCAAAGUCAACGCGCGCCGAGACUGAGCCCGACGGAAAACAAGGCGAGGACGAACCACCACGAGCCGAGAAAAGAAGCAAACCUAAUCGAGUCAGAUCCUAGCGAAAGGUCGGAUAAUCAUUAUCAGCGUUACACCAUCGAAAAUUCAAUGGAGAUGCAGCUGCACGUACGCGUGGCCAGCGACGCGGUCCGAAACUUAUGGAAAACGGUCGGCAGCAACGCUCAGCAACAACUUCUCCAACAGAGGAUGCGUUUGCAGUGCUGCAGCAAGCUGCAACCGCAGCCUCGUGAGCAAAAUUGCCAGAGCAAGGAACGUCAGCAACAGUUCUAUUACGCGGUCCAGUAUCGGCCGGUGAUACUUCGAACAGAAUAUCAGACAGCGAGAACGGAGGCUUACGGUGUAAGGAAACAUUUGCCGCCGGUUCUCAGCCCGGAAGUGCCAGAAUUCUUCCCGAAAGUGCCGGUAAUGCGGUACAACAGCAACAAGGAACAAAAUGCCAAUCGCGUGCAAUAUUUUCCAUCCCUCAAUGAGCGAAGUUACCAAAACGAGCUGUUCCCUUACAACAGAACUUACGAGAAUACCGGAGCAAUAUAUCAGAGUGCGGGUAUACCUUUGCUGUCGGCUACCGAUACGACCACGUUUAUUAGACCUCCGCAACAAUGGUAUCAGAGAGUUCCACCACCACCGGCGCAAAUCCAAAUAUCUUCGUCGAACCCGAUCGGUUGCACUUCUGUGCAACCAUUGCGAACUACUACUAUUACCCAUCACCCUCUGCAGGUGCAAGAGAAAUUUUUACAAUCGAACCCUAUACCGAUACCGGUCUAUCAGCAUCCCAUAGAAUUGUACAACGAAACGGGGCAAAAACGGAAAAAUCAAGGCGUUGAUUUCAAGAACUUGAUACUGCUGACGAGAAACGCGAUGAAGGCGCAUCGUGGACAAUCGAAAAGCUCGCAACAGAAGCCAUCGUAUCUCGAUGGGAAAAACCGUAGUACCAAGUCGGAGUCGGAAGUUCUUCAAUGGCUGGACAAAAGUUAUCCACCGAAAACGAAGGAGUUCAUCGCUGCUGGCAACGCUUUGGCCACGGAAUUGAGACAUUUCGAUGGAAGAAGCGAUAGAAAAACUUGCAUUUCCAGGAGGGAAAAGGACGGCGCAAGAACCAGCGAACGAAUGAAAUCAGAGGCGCAAAGUUCGGGCGCAAAGUCGACCAGCGAAAGAGAUAAAAAUGAUACGCGGAACAGAAGAAGACUUUACAGAGACGUGUUAACCAAUGCUUCGGUGAACCAAGCCACCUUGAACGUGUUUGAAAAAAGGAACUCGAGCGGCAGGCGAUGGAACAAUACAAGUGCUGUGGAGGAAAUGUGCAAGAGGAAGGGGCAAUUUCGCGUACUCUGACGGAUGAUAAAAAGAUCCGCGAGAGUUUCAAGCAAAAUUUUAGAGAAGAGAACUGUUACGACGGACAGAAAUGUCCCGGUUUCGGAAAAUGUAGUCCCGUGAAUACGGGGGAGAAGAAAGAAGGAGGUUCAAUGAUUUAUCUUGCUAAUUUUCCGCUAAAUAAUUUUCUAGAGGACCAUGUUAAUUUUGCACGAACAGAAAAUAAUAAUGAAUCGGAUGUUCCUGGUCGAUGUCUGCCCGACAAAAAUAGUCGAUCGAAUACUCUGUCAAGAAGCUUAACCACGUUGUCUGAAGAACUAUUUCACGAAUCGAAAAACACAGCUAAGGGUGCAUCAGUCCGGGCAUCGUCGAAAAGGCGUCUGAUACUGGUGUCACCCUUCGAGAAAGAAUCAGAAGCCAAGCUAACCAGAUCGACCGACCUCGAGGAAUUUUACUGUAUAACACAAGCGAAUAAAAAUAUUUUCGGCUACUACAAUAACUCAAAAGUCGGACAGAUCGGCGGUGGGGAUGAGAACUCUGGCUCUCGGGGUUUUGGACUACGUGAAGAUUGGAAUAUCUGGGAAUAUCCAUAUCGAGGAAGGAAUGAACCUUAUUGGGCUAAGUUCAUUAAAAAAAUGCAACCACGUUACAUGAAUUAAUGUAUUUAAAUAUCAUAAUAAAUGCUUCUAAAAUACUGUAUAAAUAUACACAUAUAUGUGUAUGUAUAUCUCAAUAAAAAAUGACUUGAUAUUUUUUAGUUACUAAACACGCAAGCAUAACCCGUUUCACGCAACACACAUACACGUGCUUUAUUUUGUUCGUUAAUUCAUCUCUCGUAACACAGACGAAGAAGAGAGCAAGUAUAACAGUAAUUAUUCUAAAUUAUCGUUAUUACUUUAGAGGGCUACAUCUUUAAUCGCUGA